AGUAAUUGACCCAGAACUCAUUUUCAGGAAAACAGCUUCCUUUGAAAUGGUAAAAUAAUGAAGUGAGGAAUGUGAACAUUUUAUCUUUGGAUUGGAGUCUUCUGCAGAUGAAAAGAGCGAUUAACCCAAGCCAUGCGGUAAAAUCAGGAAUUUGAAGAAAACAGAAAUGUUUACAUUUUUCUUGCCGUGUAUUUUUCUACCCCUCAUAAGAGGGCACAGUCUCUUCACCUGCGAACCAAUUACUGUUCCCAGAUGUAUGAAAAUGGCCUACAACAUGACAUUUUUCCCUAAUCUGAUGGGUCAUUAUGACCAGGAUAUUGCUGCUUUGGAAAUUGAGCAUUUUCUUCCUCUUGCAAAUCUGGAAUGUUCACCAAAUGUUGAAACUUUUCUUUGCAAAGCUUUUGUACCAACCUGCACAGAGCAAAUUCAUGUAGUUCCACCUUGUCGUAAAUUUUGUGAGAAAGUAUAUUCUGAUUGCAAAAAAUUAAUUGACACUUUUGGGAUCCGAUGGCCUGAGGAACUUGAAUGUGACAGAUUACAAUACUGUGAUGAGACUGUUCCUGUAACUUUUGAUCCACACACUGAGUUUGUUGGUCCUCAGAAGAAAACAGAACAAGUCCAAAGAGAUAUUGGAUUUUGGUGUCCAAGGCAUCUUAAGACUUCUGGGGGACAAGGCUAUAAGUUUCUGGGAAUUGAACAGUGUGCACCUCCAUGCCCCAACAUGUAUUUUAAAAGUGAUGAGCUAGAGUUUGCAAAAAGUUUUAUUGGAAUAGUUUCAAUAUUUUGUCUUUGUGCAACUCUGUUCACAUUUCUUACUUUUUUAAUUGAUGUUAAAAGAUUCAGAUACCCAGAGAGACCAAUUAUAUAUUACUCUGUCUGUUAUAGCAUUGUAUCCCUUAUGUACUUUAUCGGAUUUUUGCUAGGUAAUCGCACAGCCUGCAAUAAAGCAGAUGAGAAGCUAGAACUUGGUGACACAGUUGUUCUAGGCUCUCAAAAUAAGGCUUGCACCAUUUUGUUUAUGUUUUUGUAUUUUUUCACAAUGGCCGGCACUGUGUGGUGGGUGAUUCUUACCAUUACUUGGUUCUUAGCUGCAGGAAGAAAAUGGAGUUGUGAGGCCAUUGAACAAAAAGCAGUGUGGUUUCAUGCUGUCGCAUGGGGAAUUCCAGGUUUUCUGACUGUUAUGCUUCUUGCCAUGAACAAAGUUGAAGGAGACAAUAUUAGCGGAGUUUGCUUUGUUGGCCUUUAUGACCUGGAUGCUUCUCGCUACUUUGUGCUCUUGCCACUGUGCCUUUGUGUGUUUGUUGGGCUAUCUCUUCUUUUAGCUGGCAUUAUUUCCUUAAAUCAUGUUCGACAAGUUAUACAACAUGAUGGCCGGAACCAAGAGAAACUAAAGAAAUUCAUGAUUCGAAUUGGAGUCUUCAGUGGCCUAUAUCUUGUGCCAUUGGUGACACUUCUUGGAUGUUACGUCUAUGAGCAAGUCAACAGGAUUACUUGGGAGAUAACUUGGGUCUCUGAUCAUUGUCAUCAGUACCAUAUCCCAUGUCCUUAUCAGGCAAAAACCAAAGCUCGACCAGAAUUGGCUUUAUUUAUGAUAAAAUACCUGAUGACAUUAAUUGUUGGCAUCUCUGCUGUCUUCUGGGUUGGAAGCAAAAAGACAUGCACAGAAUGGGCUGGAUUUUUUAAACGAAAUCGCACAAGAGAUCCAAUCAGUGAAAGUCGAAGAGUACUGCAGGAGUCAUGCGAGUUUUUCUUAAAGCACAAUUCUAAAGUUAAACACAAAAAGAAGCACUACAAACCAAGUUCACAUAAGCUGAAGGUCAUUUCCAAAUCCAUGGGAACCAGCACAGGAGCCACAGCAAAUCAUGGCACUUCUGCAGUAGCAAUCACUAACCAUGAUUACUUAGGACAAGAAACUCUGACAGAAGUCCAAACCUCGCCAGAAACAUCAGUGAGAGAGGUGAGAACAGACGGAGCAAGCACCCCCAGAUUAAGAGAACAGGACUGUGGUGAACCUGCCUCCCCCACAGCGUCCACCUCCAAACUCUCUGGGGAACAGGCUGACAGGAAAGGCCAGGCAGGAGGUGUGAACGAGAGCGGCGUAUCUGAAAGUGUGCAGAGCGAAGGAAGGAUAAGUCCAAAGAGUGAUAUUACUGAAACUGGCCCAGUGCAGAACAACAAUUUGCAGGUCCCCAGUUCUUCAGAGCCAAGCAGCCUCAAAGGUUCCACAUCUCUGCUUGUUCACUCAGUUUCAGGAGUUAGAAAAGAACAGGGCGCUGGCAGUCAUUCAUAUACUUGAAAAACAUUUUAUCCUGUUACUCAGAAGUGAAUUCAUGUUACACUGGAGGUGAACAACCAAUGCACUGUCUUGUAAGAAUCACUGUUAUGUUCUUUUUUUGCACUUAAGGCUGCAUUGUCUACUGUUAAUACUGGAGAAAAUAGAUUUCAAGAAUAAUACUAUUCAUUUCACUCAAAGAUUAAUGACAACAAUAUACCUGAAAAACAGAACCGUGUGGGUUAAUAAUAUUUUUAAAAUUGUGUGGGAGGAGAGAGAGGAAUCUUCUUUAUUUAUGAAGAUUCUGCUCUCAUUAAAAGCAUUUUAAGAUGUACUAUGCUAUUUCACUUUUUUGAUAUAAAAUCAAGAUUUUUCUUUGCUGAAGUAUUUAAAACUUAUCCUUGCAUCUUUUUAUAUAUACAUUUGAAAAUAAGCUUAUAUAUAUUUGAAUUUUUUUGGAAAUCUUGGAAAAUCUACUCAAAUGUUUUUAUUAUAUUAUUCUUUUAUUUUAGCACUACUUUUGUAGCUUUCACACUGAAUUUCUAAGAAAAGUGGAAAAUAGUAUUCUUUUAUAGUAUAAAAGUAGUUGAUACAUUGAUACACCAAAAGGUUUAUUAUGGGAAUUCAACUUUAAAAAACCACUUACUUCUACCUUACCAUCUAAAAUGUGUGAAUUUUAUAAAGUCUCAUUGUUUUAGGAAUUUCACAGAUCUGUUAUGCAAGUGAAAUGAGGUGCUUACUGGAAGAGUAUCCAAUGUUGAUUGAAUAAUGCUGCUCACUGUUCCUUCUGCAUUUUUAAAAUAAAAUGUCCUGAAGGAUUAGUAGUUGAAAUGUUAGUCUUUUUAUCAGUUAAGCAAAGUGCAAUUGAUUUCCUUUUUUUUAUGUUUUAUGACCACCCAAGAUUGUAUUAUUACCAUUUAUAAUUGCUUCUAUUUUUUUGUUUUUUAACAUUUAAAAUACAAAAAACAGUUUAUAUUGUGUAAUAUCUUUCUCAGAUAUUACAUAGAAUUCAUUUCUGUAGCAAAGUAGGAUUUCGUUGAACAUUCAAAAGUGUGUUAGCAAUAUUAGUGCCAAUCAAAUGGAAAAAAAUGUAGUCCUAAUAAACAAAAUGUAUUUUUUACAACAUACUUUAAAUAUUAAGGAAUUUUCUUAAUUUUGUUUUCCGUUAAGUAUUAUUGCUUGAGUAAGGUUUUCUGAUGCUUUUGGCUUUCUCUCUAUUUAGCGUUCUGUUACAGCAUAAAAAGAAAAUUAUCAUGUACUGUAUGAAAAAGGGUGUAAAUACUAACUUUUCCACUUUUUUAAACAGAUAACUUUGUGUACAAAGACUUUGUUUUAUGUAAUCUUUUCAUUAAUAAAAUGUUCUUUGUAUAAGA